UUUAUUCACGGAAAGUGUAUCGCCAUAUUGCUUCCGUGAACUCAGUGAAAUAUUUGUGCAUUUCUCUCUAAUUAUGACUGUAAUAUUAAAAUGAAGUGAUAAAAAACAAACCACAGUCUGUUAGAAACUGUGGGGAUACGUUUUUAUACAUCUCAGUCUCCGAUAUUACGUGAAAUAGCAUCGAGCAGGCAGAAUGUCGUACGAAAAGAUGGAAGUGGUGAAUCCUGCUGAAAAAGAGGCUAGCGAGGUGCUGCAUUCGCUGCUCUCUGUAGAGCGGCGAAGCGUGGACAGCAAGGAGGCGAUAAUCGUGUCCAUACCAGCCGACCAGAACGGAGGCGGCGAAUACGGUGAGAGUGCUCAAUGGCAUACUCCCGUCAUGGGCCAGCACUCGGUCUUCGAAAUGGGAGGACAAAAUAUGCAACAACAUAGCUACAAUGGUCAUCAAGAACAGGUUUUGUGGCAAGGGCACACAAUACAAGUGGAGAAUGGUAAUGCUAAUUUGCAAGCCAUACCCGGUACAUAUAGCAUUGAGUUUGAGUCCCAUGUUGAAGGUGAUCCAGGAGACAUGGAAGUGGACACAAAACCCAAAGUUGAAAAGAAAACGGGCAGUAAGAAAAAGAAAAAAGCUGAAUCAGACAGUGAUGAAGAAGUUCUUGACAAUAAACUGGAAGAUAAUCCAGCGCAGGUCAAAGAAAGACUGAGGAGAGGAUGUGAUUGUAAAGACAACUGUUAUCGUGGACUUAACCCAGAAGCAGUUUAUCGGCAUAGACUAAAUAUUGCUGAACUAACUAAGAGUGAACAUGAUAUGUACCUGAUGGGCAUCACAAUGGCAAGCUUGGCUAAUCCAGCUGAAACAUCACGCCACAAAGUCAGAAGGAGAUUAAGAGCAUGUUAUGUAUAUCAAGGUAGGAAAGUUUGCCUAGAGGCUUUCCUGUAUCUUGAGAAUGUUACGCACUAUCAGCUGAAACGAAUCAGGCAGCACGUAAUGACGCAUGGCGUUGCACCGCGAAUACACGGUAACGUCGGUAAGAAACCAUACAACACCUUCACCCUAGAUAUUUACAAACAUGCUACUAAUUUCCUGAAAGAAUACUUGAAACAACAUGCCAGUUCACCUAAAGAUGUUCAGCCAUCUGGAGAAAGUGGUAAAAAGGCCAGUAAGACUGUGAUCAUUCAAGGAGACUCUCGGAAACAUUUAUUCGAGGCUUACAAAGAGUAUGGAGAAAUCUUAGAACCAGGUGUAAAACUCAUGGGAUAUUCAACCUUCCGUGCUUUCAUGAAGGACCAAUUUCCUCAUGUUAAAUUUGCCACUAAGAAGCAAGAAAUUCCUAAAGAUAUGGUGCCCUUCCGCAGCGGUAAGUGUAUGUCAUACGAUAAGAAUAAAGAUCCCAUAAGACUACAGCAAGAGAAAGAAAAAGCCGACGCCAAAAAGGCAGCUAUGGAGGCUAAGAAGAAAGAAGAACACGAGAGGGAGCAACAGGCGCAACAACAAGCGCAGCAACAGCAACAACAGCAGCAAGUACAGCAACAACAACAACAACAGCAGCAGCAACAACAGCAGCAACAGCAGGUGCAACAGGUGCAGGUCCAGCAGCACCAGCAGAUGCAGGGCCAGGCGCACGUCGUCAUCCACCAGCAACAGCCGCAACAGCAGCAACAAAUGCAGCAACAGAUGCUGGUGCCGCAGGUGAGCCAGCACCAGCAGGUGCUGACUCAAGGAGUACAGCAGGUGACGCAGCAGCACUGCGUGCAGCCACUGGGCGUGUCGGAGGAGGGCGGCCAGCCCGUGGAGAUGGCGCAGCAGGUCAUACCCCUCGCCGUCGUCCAACAGCCGCAGCAGGCCUACAUCGUCACUCCUGUCUCACACUUCCAGACUCGUGUUCAGGGAGCUUGGUACAGGCAUUGACAGCCGUUCCCGACUACGAUAAGUUUCGAGUAAUGCAAACAAUGUAGCAGAUGCGAACAUUUGUACGUAACUGAAGAUCUCGCGAUGACUGAACUGUUGUAAAAUUGAAACGGUUCCUUGGAAAUUCUGUUAAUUUCAAACGCCACACGUAACUUUGGCAAUAAGUUAGCAAGGAUAGUUAGGUAACACCUUUUCAGUAUUGGUUGAAAAACUAAUUUAAUAAAACUAUCUGUAAGUAUAAAAGUUAAUCAUAUUUACACCAUAUAUUAGCAAUUAGCUAUGUAGUUUAUUUUAGAAGUAUGUAAUGUGGUUUUUCGAAACAGAUACUAAAAUUAUUUUUAUUAUGAGUAUAGUAAGACAUUGUGUAGUAGCUUUAUGGGAAGCAUGAAAGAAUCUUGUGGAAAUUGAGUAUGCAUCCAAACAAACUUGUGUGUUAUUUAUGUGUGGCUUUUAUAUUGGAAUACCGAAGCAAACUGUUUACAAAAUCCUUCGACUAUACGAAGUUUUUUUGGAUGUAUUUACUCAAAAAAGGGGAAGUAGUAUUUGGUUUGAAACAAGCAGAUUUGUGUUAAAGGUCUAGUUUUAUCUUAGAUUACUUAUAAUGAGGAUGUGGGCUGCGAACUGAUAUAGUAUAGCAAGUAAUAAAUAUAAAUUCCAUUGCGCAAUGAGCAAAUCUCGUACUUAGUAUAUUAUGUUAUCAGAGUGAGUCAGUAGAGUUGCAGGUCAGGUAAAAUAUUAUACAUACUUGUUUAAUGAAAAGGUAAAAAGCUAAAACAUCUCGGAAAAAAUAUAAUGAUAUUUAACUAAACGAUAUUUAUCAGAAAUGUUGCUUUCUGAACUCGAUAUAACAACACAUAUUGCAUGAAGACUUCUUUUGGUUCAUGCACACACAUUAAUCUCUUCAUCAAAUGGCAUCAGUAAUAGAUUGGCCCUUUUAAUACUUCCUCCAGAUUGGUCGAUAAGUCCGCCUCUGUAAACUCUACUGGAUUUCACACUCUAUACAACUCUUUAUAACUAUUCUUACGUCUUUGUGAACAAAAUAUUUGUUUCAAAUUCCAGCAACACUCAUGUUAUGAUCGGUAACCAUUGAAUACCAAUAUGAAAACAGUUUGCUUGUUUCAAAACUAUACACUUGCCAAGAGGGUGGUAUUGACAGCUAGCAGUUUUGUAGGAGAAUGUUUUGCAAUAGCGAUCAAUUAAUUUAACAAUAUUUUGAUCGACACAUUAUUUUCAUGUAUCAAAAAGCAGUGCCUUCAUAAAAUGAUGUGGAUUUUGACAUAACUCGUGCGAUUAUAAUUUCGGAAUUAAUAUUUAGAAUAAAGUAAUAUAAGAUUUUAAUGAAAAGUGAUGUAUUACAGUGCUUUAGGAUGUUUUCAGUAAAAUAACCAAAUACCUAACUUACAGAAAAAUUAUUUUAGGAGCAUACAUUUUUGGAAGAAUCCAUUUAUACCAAACUUGAAUAGAGACACAGAGUAAAAACAACAGACUUACGAAAUGCACGGAAUAAUGCAGUUUCUAUCUAAUUAUAAAAACAAAUAAUGUACUGAGGUUUUUAUAAUAAAUAGAAAUUGGAAUUAUUUUUCAGAUUGAAUUUAAUUACAUAUCAAGGAUGUUGUUACAUGUGUGCAGUACACAAUUAUGUCUACUUCAUUUUAUUAAUGCUUGUGUGUGGUUUAUUAUAAUGUUUUAUUGCAAAUUAGAGUGUGCAAAUAUUGUCAUUGUCUCUCUCAUUCAACAAACAGAUUUACUCAACAUUGAAUGGUAAAUUCAAAUGAAUGCUUCCAGUCGAGUGAAAUCAUUCUUCAUACACUGGUGCAGGCAAUAAUUCACAUAGCAAUACUACUUGUACUGCAAACUAAUGUGUAAAAACUUUAAAGCAAAAGUGUUGCGAAAUUGUGAUUUUGGUGACAUUAUAUUGAUCACUUUAGAUUUUAGUGUAUCACAAUGAAAGGACGCUUAUAAUAUAAAGACAAUUUAAUUCAAAGAGAUGCAUUUUGUUUCGUGACAUCAAGGAGCAUACUUAGUUUUCUAAAACUAUUUAAUUGUCGAUCAAGAAGGCUGACUUUGAAUGCUGAGUUAUAAGACCUCGGCUAUGAGUUCAUACUUUAGUAAGGAUUUAUUUAAUAAGUGCAGACAAAUUUAGGUAGUUAGUGAUAACACUAGGAGUUCUAGUGUGCCUAGUUAUAAUAUCUUGGUGACCAAACUUGCAAUAACAUCAGUUUCAAAAAUGAACUUGUGAUGUAACCGUAAUAUGUACAAUUUUCAAGUAUGUAUUUUCCAGUUCCCCUUUGUUGAAGUUCAUAUUAUGCAAGUUUCUUGUUUACUUUGGCAAGAGUCACGAUCGUGCAUUAUAGUAAGAUUAAUAUGGAAGUCAACAGUACAGCAAGCUUACUCUUGAAACUAAUCUCAAUGUCAAUUUCAAUCCAAUGCAAUAAAAUCUCGAAAUAGCAUCCAGAGUACGAAUUAUAAAGCCAAACUCAAAAUACCAUUUAGUUCAUUCAAUAUCCACCCAAUAUGGAUGCAACACUCGUGUUGGAACUCAAGAGUGAAACCUUACAAUAUCAAAGUUGAUCAAAAUUGGAUUCAAGAGUAAGCCCCCUGGAUAGAAAUGUCCAGGUACUUAAAUGUAUUUAAUAUCUAUACAUAAACAAGAAACCUACUCAUGAAAUGCCAUGCCAUUUAUCCCUGAAAGUUUGAAUGAAUUUUUACACUAUGUACUUUGCAUAUACAUAUUUUAAUUAUUGGCAUAUUUAUUAUCCCAACGAUAUUUUACUUAUGAUUAUGACUGUUUAACUGAUAAUAUUAUUGAUACCAGUUAUUUCUGUAAGCCUUUUUAGGUAUUUUAUUAAUUUUCAAAUUUAUCAAAACAACAAGUAAAAAUGUCUUCACGAUGACAAGACUAGUAGGUAGUUUUCGAAUCGGAGACGAAAGUAAAAUCUCACAUUUUUUUUAAUUAUAAUAGAUAUAGCGUUACGUAUGUAUAACUGAUAGAAGUGUGUAUUCAUUAUCAAUUUACCUAUAGACAGUACAGAAAUGUGCCUAGAAAUUAUGCUUAUCCAUGUAUUUUUGUAGUGCAAUAACAUGUAAGAUUCGGAGCAGAUUUUAUAAUAUGAUCACCAAAUUAUGAUAUUAUUUUAACUUGUACCACCAGUCCAGUGUUAAGCCGAAUACAGCAAAUCAUAACGUACAUUUACCAUCUAAAUUGAUGCUCACAAACAUUUGCUUCGAAUCGUAGUGAUUUGCCCCUAGCAAGACAUUCGGCAUCCAUGUUCCAAAAUUAUUACUGUAGGAAGACAUGAUGUGAUAGAAAUAAAACUUUUUUACGCUA